AUGACGCAUAAUAAUUGUCACUUCUGGCCUUCGAGCGGUGAAAGAGAAGUGGCCGGGUUUGGACUUGAUUUAUUUGCCUCGGUUUUAAUGAGCUCGUGGCCGGCGGGUGCGGAUAGCGAAGCACCUACUUCCGGAUCCGAGAAACAACUAUCGAAUCUCGCGGAUGAUCAGGUUUCUUGGCCUCGGAACGAGGCAGCUGAGCGUCAGAUGAGACUUCUCAACCACGAGUUGUGCUUCUCUUUCCUGACCUCAAGACGAUCUCAAAUCAGUCCAGCAUCAAGCAUGUUCAAGCUUUUCAAAAGCAAGCCGAGCAAUUCUACGAAGAAUGCGAAAAAGUCUGCCCGGCUGCCCGGGCUAUUUUCGGCCUGCUUCGGGGAUCAGCAGGAGUUGUUCCGUGGCGGGGGAAGGAUCCAUCCUCGCUCGCGUCUACGUGCUUCGUCCCCGGGGGCAUGCUGGGCAUACGAUGUGGCUGACCUCCCUAGGGUAUUCCGGUACGUUCUAGUCUGCCAACAUCCUGUCUUGUCGUCAGCGACGCCUCGUACCGGUACUGGGCCGACGUUGACGUCUCAAUUUGUAGUGGCCGAUGAGAGAUCAUCCUCCGGCUCUGUCGUCCUUGUGCUCGAGGAAUUCCUUGGUCCAGCGUCGCUGCUGCCGUCCUCAAUGUCCCUGCAUUUCUUAACAGUGACAACGCUAGGUCUCUUGAGGGACUCGCCAUUCUGUCCUGCUUCCGUCGGCGACGAGGCGUUAGGCGCGAGCGAGUCGAUGUCGAGCCUGUAA